GGCAGGGGGACGGCGCUGCCGGGACAAACUCUCUGCAUCCUCCCCGCCACCGCUGCUGGGCUGGACUGGAGCUUCCCCCAGCGAGCUGCGAAGCUGCAGGCCCUUCCUCUCAGAGGCGGCUCCAGGGUCUCCCUCCCCGACCCCAUCCUCUCCUAGCUGCCACCAUCCAACCUGAGACCACACCUCAGCAUCAGGAAAAGGUCAGAUGGGCAGAUGCCAGGGGGAUGGAACACCUCUUCCAACAGUCCAGAGCUGCAAGCAGCCGGGAUUAUUGUGCCUGUCAUCUUCUCCCUCAUCUUCCUCCUGGGUACCGUGGGGAAUGGGCUGGUACUGGCCGUGCUGCUGCGCAACGGCCAAGUCAUUAACACCACCAACCUCUUCAUCCUUAACCUGGCCAUGGCUGACCUGUGCUUCAUCAUCUGCUGCGUCCCCUUCCAGGCCACCAUUUACACCCUGGAUGGGUGGCUUUUUGGGGCCUUUGCCUGCAAGGCUGUGCAUUUCCUGAUCUACCUCACCAUGUAUGCCAGCAGCUUCACCCUGGCUGCUGUCUCCAUUGACAGGUACCUGGCCAUCCGCUAUCCACUGAAGUCCCGAGACCUCCGCACCUCCCGAAACGCAGGGGCGGCCAUUGUAGCCAUCUGGUCACUGUCGCUGCUCUUUGCGGGGCCUUACCUCAGUUACUACCAGAUUGUCCAUUACCACGGGGUGCCCAUCUGUGUCCCCAUCUGGGAGGACCAGCGCCGGAAGAUUCUGGACAUCCUCACGUUUGUCUUUGGAUACCUUCUGCCCGUGACCGUUGUGAGCCUGGCAUACGCCAGGACCAUCAAGUUCCUGUGGACCUCCGUAGAUCCCAUAGAAAGGAUCUCAGAUUCCCGGAAGGCCAAGCGUAAGGUCACCAAGAUGAUUGUGGCUGUGGCCAUCCUGUUCUGCCUCUGCUGGCUGCCCCACCACCUGGUCAUCCUGUGCUUCUGGUUUGGCCACUUCCCCUUCAACCGAGCCACUUACGUUUGCCGCCUGGCUUCCCACUGUCUUUCCUAUGCCAACUCCUGCCUCAACCCCAUUGUCUAUGCCCUCAUCUCCAAGCAUUUCCGCAAGCGUUUCAAGCACGUCUUCACCUGCCUCUUCCUCCAGAACAAGACCAGGAAGAAGAAGAAGAAGAGAUUUGGAAAGAAAGUCCAUGUGGUUAACGCGGGCAAAGGUUUCAGCAGCAGCACCAGAGGUUUCUAUGGAGCCAACAAUGAAGCGGCCCAGGUCCCAGAGGAGAACACCAGGAAGAGGGACCCUGAAGGUGCCAGUCAUACCAGAGCAUGGACUCACCAGCUACAAGAUACUGUGUUCUCUGCUCAGAAGGAGCUACUGGAAGAGGAAAGCUUGGCAACAGCUGCCCAUCCCCUAGCUGUGACCCCCAGGAGGAGCUCAGGAGUUUCUGACUGUUCACUACAGAUGAACAAAGUGAAGAAACCCGUUUUCCAGCCAGUUCCUGAGGGACUGCUGCCUCCGCUUUGAUCUUUGCUUGCUACUCGGAGCUUCAUCCCUUCCUUCUGGGGCUGAAGGACCUGUUGCUCUCUGAGCAGUAAGGUUAUUCAGUGAUGUUAGCCCUAUGU